AUGAAGACAAACAUCGAGGGCAAUGGUUGCAAUCCGAAAGCGGCCUACCAUGCGCGGGCACAAAUACACCCACACCCGGUCGCUAAACGACUAUUUGAGAUCGCCGAAACCAAGAAGUCGAAUUUGAUCAUUUCGGCCGACUUCAGAACCACCGCAGAGAUGUUAAAAUGUGCCUAUGACAUAGGACCGUACAUCGCCGUCUUCAAGACACACAUCGACAUGAUAUCAGAUUUCUCCGACCUCACGAUCAACGGGCUUAGAGCCAUCGCGCGAACACACAACUUCCUCAUCUUCGAGGACCGCAAGUUCGUUGAUAUCGGGCACACCGUCAUCGGGCAGUACCACGGCGGGGCGCUGCGCAUCUCCGAAUGGGCAGACAUUGUCAACAUCUCCAUCCUUGGCGGGGAGGGCAUUGUAGAUGCGCUCGACCAGACCAUUAAGCACCCUACCUUUCCGUUUCAGGGGCAAAGAGCGCUGCUGCUUCUAGCGGAGAUGACUUCGCAAGGUAGCCUGGCCGGCGGCGAGUACACACAGAGGUGCGUAGAGCUGGCGGCGAGGUACCCGGAGUCUGUCAUUGGGUUCGUGGCCACCAAGGCUUUGACCACGGUUGGAGAGGACGCGGACUUUGUGACCUUCACGACAGGGGUGAACAGGUCCGCGGAAGUUGAUGAGCUUGGCCAGCAGUACCAGACGCCAAGGUCUGCGGUCCUUGGCGGCUCGGAUUUCAUUAUUGCCGGAAGGGGUAUUCUUGGUGCAACCUCUCCGGUUGCUGAGGCUAUUCGGUACCGAAGGGAAGGUUGGGAAGCGUACCUGGACCGUACUGGACAAAGAUGA